ACAGAGCAGCUCAGCGGCCGCUCCCUGCUCAGACCGCCGCCUCAAACUGUUUGCCACAGUCUCCGUGAAAACCUCUGUCAGUUUACCGACAGGUUUACCACAUCAGAAGGACACCAUGUGAGUAGUUUCCAUUCUACCCAGCGCAGCUCUGUUCUCUGGAUCCUCUGCAGUCUGCAUCAGCAAAGUGUCUUGGCAACAUUUCUCGUCCUUCCUCCCGUGUCCAUUCCAGCGUCAUGUGAACGGGGUUCACGGUGGUUCCUCUCGCCCCCUCACACCGGACCCUCCUCCGUCAAGCACUCAUUCGCCGGUGCCGACGUCCCGCCCUCGCCCCGGCAGUCCCGGUGGGGUAGUGUCCCUGUCUCCGCUGGCCCCGGUUUAUCCUGCACCCUUCGGCGUGCGGCGGAGCGGAGGAUGAGCGAGCAAGGGAAGGGCUCGGCAUCCGCCUCUGCCGCGGCCCCGGCUCCAGGGUCGGAUACUUACAAAGGAUGGCUUUUUAAAUGGACCAACUAUCUGAAAGGCUACCAGCGGAGAUGGUUCGUCCUCAGCAACGGCCUGCUGUCGUAUUACAGGACGCAGGCAGAGAUGGCCCAUACAUGUCGUGGGACAAUAAACUUGGCCACAGCACACAUUGACACUGAAGAUGCCUGCAAUAUUGUCUUGAGCAGCGGUGGCCGCACCUACCAUCUGAAGGCUAGCACAGAAGUGGAGCGGCAGAGAUGGGUCACGGCACUUGAGCUGGCCAAAGCUAAAGCCAUUCGCAUGAUGAACGAUCAGUCUGAUGACUCAGGGGACGAGGAGCCUACAUCGCAGUCGGACCGCAGCGAGAUCCAGGGCACCCUGAAGAUACUUGUCAGCAAGCUCGAUGACCUCAGCACGUGCAAUGACCUGAUCGCCAAGCAUGGGGCGGCCCUGCAGCGUUCCCUGAGUGAACUCGAAGGCCUGAAAGUCCCCGUGGAGGGAGGAGAAAAGAUCAAGGCAGUCAACGAGCGAGCCACCCUCUUCCGCAUCACUUCCAAUGCUAUGAUCAAUGCGUGUCGAGACUUCUUGGACCUAGCUGAGACUCACAGUAGGAGAUGGCAGCGGGCUCUGCAGUAUGAGCGAGAGCAGCGUACCCACCUAGAAGAGACCAUUGAGCAGCUAGCCAAGCAGCAUAACAGCCUGGAGCGAGCGUGGAGAGAAGCACCCACGCUUGUUUCCAGCACACCCAGUGCCCCGACCACCAACAAGGGGAGUGAGAGGUCGCGCAAAGAAGAAGCAAGUGAUGAAGAUGAAGAUACUGAGUACUUUGAUGCCAUGGAGGAUUCCCCUGCAUUCAUCACAGUGACUGCCAGUGAGAACACACAGCACAGACGAUCUCAGAGUAAUUUGAGCGGAGCAAGCGGAGGCCAGCCUAGUGACUGGAACCAGGACGACCAUAUGUCUCCAAGCUGUAAUGAUGUGUCAGGAAAGGAGCUGCAGCCCCGCAGACAGAGGCGAACUCAUAUCCCAGACAAGCCCAACUACUCCCUCAAUUUGUGGAGCAUCAUGAAGAACUGCAUCGGCAAAGAGCUCUCUAAAAUCCCCAUGCCUGUAAACUUCAACGAACCUCUGUCGAUGCUGCAGCGUCUCUCUGAGGACCUGGAGUAUCAUGAGCUCUUAGACAAAGCGGCACGCUGUGAUUCCUCCCUGGAGCAGAUGUGCCUGGUCGCUGCCUUCUCCGUCUCCUCCUACUCCACCACGGUCCACCGGACAGCCAAGCCCUUCAACCCCCUCCUGGGUGAGACCUACGAGCUCGAUCGCCUAGAGGAGUUUGGCUAUCGCUCGCUGUGUGAGCAGGUGAGCCAUCACCCCCCUGCAGCUGCACAUCAUGUGAUUUCCCAAAGAGGCUGGACCUUGUGGCAGGAAAUCACCAUUGCCAGCAAGUUCCGUGGCAAAUACCUCUCUAUUAUGCCUCUGGGUGCCAUUCACUUGCACUUUCAUGCCAGCGGGAACCACUAUGUGUGGAGAAAGGUCACCUCCACCGUGCACAACAUCAUUGUGGGCAAGCUGUGGAUUGACCAGUCGGGGGAUAUUGAGAUUGUGAAUCACAGGACCAAGGAGACCUGCCAACUCAAAUUCUCUCCCUACAGUUAUUUCUCCAGGGAUGUUCCACGCAAGGUGACAGGUGUGGUGGCGGACAGCGGGGGUCAGGCUCACUACAUCCUCUCUGGUACCUGGGAUGAAAAAAUGGAGAGUUCCAAGAUCGUCCAGAGCAGCCGAGGGGGGAGUGGAUCAGAGGGCAAGCAAAAGACUGUCUAUCAGACUCUCUCUCCCAAACUGCUGUGGAAGAAAUACCCUCUCCCAGAAAAUGCUGAGAACAUGUACUACUUCUCAGCACUGGCACUGACCCUGAAUGAGCCGGAAGAAGGAAUCGGACUGACCGACAGCCGUCUGAGGCCAGACCAGAGGCUGAUGGAGGACGGACGAUGGGAUGAAGCAAACUCAGAAAAGCAGAGGCUAGAGGAGAAACAAAGAGCUGUGAGAAGGAGGAGAGAAGCAGAAGCCUCUGACGCUCUGGAUGAAGAGUGUGAUUAUGACUCUGGUAGAGAAUAUGAAGGCUACCAGCCGUUGUGGUUUCACCAGAGGAGGGACUCAAUCACUGGAGAGACAAACUUUGUGUACAAGGGGGGUUACUGGGAGUCGAAGGACAGACAGGACUGGAGCAUGUGUCCUGACAUCUUCUAACCCAGGAACUCAUCUCAGAUCACACCUAACCUCAUCGGACAGGGAACUGCUCGGCCUCUGGUCCUCAGGCGGUGGAGCGUAGCUGGCGUAUGAGCACCAUAUGGACCUCUGUGAGCAUGAGAAUGUGUAUGUUUCACACAAUCUCGGAUUUCACUGUACCUCCAAAUGUACACUCUCACUCUGUUUUCAGUAUGGGGGAAAAGACGGGGCGUUCCCUGAGCAGUCCUAUUUGACGCUAUACUGAAACAGCAGUGAGACACUGUGUGGAUGCGAGAUAAUGGAAUUGUAACACCACACGAUAAAGGCACCUGCACAGUCCUGAUGCUCCGGUGCUCCGUAAAUGCUACCCACAAUGCACUUUUCUCUGUUCACCAUCCCAUUACAGAGUUUUACCAAUUGGAUAGAAACCCAUAUCAGAGCAGCUCAUUAUAUUAUAGACAGACAAAUUCAUACAGAUGCAGAAACGGAACAGUGUCGAAAAGACAUGUUGGUAUUUUAGUGGUUGCACAAAAAGUGUCCUCACCAUCUGUUUUAUUUAGCACGCGUGAGAUUAAUGUAAGCCUGCUAUAAGAAUCUUAAAUUACUUCCCUCUUUUGCUUCAUGGAAAUGAUUUCAAGUGCUCACUAUUUGCCCCUUUUGGUUGCCUAAAAAAAGGCUUAGACCUGAUUGGAGUAUCUAGAAAUGUUUGUCCCCUGGGUCUGUGGAGACCCAAAGUGUUCAAAAUUCAAUAAAUAAAAAAGACAGUAUAAAAACAUAUAAAUAACAACAGACAAAUAUAUGUAGUAUAACCAUGAAAUUGUGAUGUUGUCCAUUUUCAAAUUACCCUGCAUCAAAUUGCAGGCGUUGUAAAACUUUCUUAGUAGAGGACAAACAGGGCCUGUUUUGUGACCAUUUGGCAAUAAAAAGUAUUACAGUAGAAGCUGGUCAUCAGAAAAAAAAACAACAUUGUCAAGUUAAUAGAGGCUGUGAAAAAAAGUGUAUUUUGACUUAAAAACAGCUGGUAUGAAAUGACACUGGUCUUCUGUGUUAUCUGUUAUAAAUUUACGCAACACAAUUUGAUGCUUAUGUAUUUUCCAUAUUGAUUCAUCUAAGGUUUUUAUUUUAAAUAUAUUUUAUUUGAUUUUGAACACUUUAAGUCUCCAUAAUCAACAGCUAGAUAGUUUGAUUGAGAAAAUAAUCUCUUUCUUAUACAUUAGAGGCUGGUUUACCUUAACUAAUGAAUGAUGCAGCAAGGCAGAAAUACUGUCUAUUUUUUAUUUUGUUGUGGAUGUUGGGAUUUCCCUCUAGUUACAUGCAAGUAGUCUGUUCUAUAGCCAGUCUACGUAGAGUCCAAGUAGAGAUAAUGUGACAGUUGAUCCAUUUCAUAUUUUGAAUACGAAUUGCCUCGAUGCUUCAGAGCAUUUCAGUCAUGCAGACAUGCUUCAGACAUUUUCCAUUUGUGAUGCUGAUUAGCAAAAUUCUACAGUAGUAGUUGAUCCUUUAGUUGUAAUACAUCUAGUGCCCUUGCAGUUGUACGUUAAGCUUCGAAACAUUCAUAUCACUCCAGCAGGAAUCUCCAUUGAAGCCCUAAAUAAGCACUUUUCACUGUGGUUGACUAGAGGUUAGUACAUAUCUCUGUGUUGAUGUUGACAAGAUUUCACUCUGUACAUGUACUUUACCUUGUCCUCUGGUGCUCUCCCAUAGCAACACAUGCCGUAUCCUUGGUGACCAUUUUAACCAACAUCAUUCUCAGUGAUCAUACAAAGAACUGAGUCUGCAUCUAAACACUGAGACAUCCAGUAAUUACCACCCAGGAGCACAUUGGUUCCUGUAGUGUGCACCACACGAGUUCCACAGCCUCCAUCAGUCACUAGUUCGUAGCUGAGACGUUUCUAGUGGGUUUACUGUUUCUGAGACUGGAGUGGAUUCUCUGAGGAGCCCAGAGUGGCUCCAGCUGGCAGGAGGUCAGAGGUUUUAGAAGCAGACAGGGCUGGUUCCUGUAGCGCUCCACUGUGCAGUCAGCUGUAGCCACAGAGGAGCGUCCCAGCUGCCGCUCCAGCCUCACCACAGCUCAUUCGCCGUUUGUGGACUUGCUGAUCUGGGAUCAGCUCACACAGAUACCCUGAGUCUUUUGCCUUUAACUGACUGAAUAAGGGAACGAGUCCCCUGACCUGUGCACUACAAGUCUACGGUGACAAGAGUUUUGAAAAACAGUUAGUAUUUUUUUGUAAUUAUUGUUAGGAAUGUAGAAUUCAUGGCUGGAGGUAUUGUAUCUACCAUCUAGUCUAUUUGUGUGAAUAUUUUGUGAUAAAACAAUGAUACUGUAAAAUGAAGAAUAAUUAUACUAAUCUGAGUAUUAAGUUAUCUGUACAGCAGAGUUCCAAACUGAAAAAAGACCGAAUGAGCCUGGAGGAUUUGCUGUCAUUUUAAUUUUUAAUUGUGACUGAUUCUGCAAAGAUGGAAGUUAACCCCGAGGCGCCUGCAAUUUGGCCAAAAACCGUCUUAACACACUAAAAAUUUAUUUUUUAUAGACUCCUUGAUACUAACACGACAGUUCAGUUAUUCCUCUGAUUUUGAGGUCAUGAAGAUGUGAAAAAUUAUCUGUAAAAGAAAUUCCUUCACAUCAAAGUAUUACUUGACACUGAAUAUUGGGCUGAUAAAGGAGAUUUUCAGUGUGAUGACAUGAACUCUUAAAAUGUUUAUCUGUGAGAUUCUUUAUCAGUGAAUUGAUGAUUUGAUAAUGAAAUGAACAAUGAUUGAUUAUUUUUUGCACAAAGACAUGCUUCUUUCAUUUACGUGAAAAAUCUGUGGUGAUCUGUGGUUGUCAUGAGCACAGUUUGAUCGGUCAUUAAAUAUCUUAUCCAAGAUCACUUGCGCUAAAGAAAUGAUUUGCUGCUUUUGAAAAGGAUUUUAUUUUGUCUUUCUGCCAGAGUUCAAUGAGAAGAUGAUUACCUCUCAUGUCUGUGAUGUUAAUAGGAAGCUAGAGACAGCAGCUUAGCUUAGACUGUUUUAGUCCAGAGGUAAACAGUCCAUCCACGAGCAUCUGAAGCUGACUAAUCAACCCAUUAUUUCUUUUGUCUUUGAUAAUUCACUGCUUGUGGACCAGAAAUAAUCUCACACAAGGAUCCCAAUAAAUCUUCCACUUGUGUUUACUUUUAAAAAGUAAAAAAGUUCAUGUGAAUAUAAUAUGUUAAUUACUUAAUUUUAAAGAUGCUUGUACCUUUGGACUGGAAGCCACGAUAUUGAAUUCACAAUAGCGAUAGUGAUAUUGUUGCUAUAAGAAAAUUUGAAAAAAAACUGUGCCAUCAGACAAAGUUAUCCUUUAACUUGCUUUGUUGUGUAUUUUGUCUCUUCUUUGGCAAAGUAAUGACCCUUAAAAUAAGAGUAUAUGUUUUGUUUUUGAUGGAGUAUCAAUCAGAUAGUUACUGGUGCUGGAUUAUCUACAGUAUAUGUAUAUCACCACUACUUUGGACAGAACCAGACUUAAUGUCUCCUACCAUUUAAAGUGUUUUAGUGCUAAUUUAAGCAGCUGCUGACUGUAGCCUUGAACACACAUAUAUGAGGGUGGAAUCAAAUUUGUGGUAAGAAAGUGCAUAAGGACAUUUCCCAAAUUGUCAAGCUAUUCCUUUCAUUUUACUUUUCUGCUUUGGUUCUUUUCUUGUCUAUCUGCAUCACAUAGACUGGGAAUACUUCCGUGAGCAUGUGCAUAAAAACAAGAUUUCCACUGAGGCUGUAUACACUUCUAGUCAUAUCGAGGGUGUAAGGAUGGACACUACUACAGCAGCAAGUUUCAUUUUGGCUAUGUUGAAAAUCAUUAUGCACAGUUGUGAUGUGAAAGAACACAGAUCACUGCUGAAUGGUGGUGAAGAAAUAGUACAAAUGGAAAGUUAAUCUGUGAUUUCCUUUUUCUCGGCGAUCAACUUGAGGUUCACUAGAGAUUUACUUUAAUAUAUUGUGUUUGAGAUGAUUUUAUAUUUGAGAAUACAUAUUAUAUUUUGAAUGAUAAUGGAGAGCUCAUCAUAAUCAAUAUAUUUCCAAAUAACGUGACCUCAGUACUUGAUGGUGACUUGCCUAUUGAAGAUGCCCUUUUAGGGGCUUGUAUAGUAUCGGACAGCUGUAGCAAUAACACAGUGAAGUGUAGAUUUGUUAGUUCGUGGCUGUUGUUGCUUCAAACAGAACAGUUGUCUGUCUCAUGCAGAAAGGGGAAAAAAAAAAACAACCAAAGUGUAAGUGGAGAGUACUGUCGACUAAAAGAAACCUCUUCAUCUGCCUUCCCUGUCUCAGAGGGUUCUAAUGUAAACCCCCGCUCAUUGUGUCUCGUUUCAGCUCACCCAACUCUUGACUCACUGUGGUGUGAUUAUUAGCUUUAAUUUUUAUGCUUUUAUUUUCAGUUCUGAUUUUUUUUUCCUUCUCAUGGGUGCCAUUAUUCUUCUGUUCGUGUUUUCAUACUGUUUGUAUGCAUAAUGAGCUUGAGUUGUGUGCAUAUUUGGCACACAUUUCCUCCUCAUUCGAUUCUGCUCAGUUUUGAGGCAGAAUUAAACUACUGAAGAUAGGGAGGUUUUUCUUGCCUUGUCCAAGCUGAACCCUGCUUCUCCUUGGACUGUGACAUACAGCUUUGUGGUCAGACAAUGGAGAUAUUAGUAAUCUGAACAAUGAUGGAAGUUAAGAGACACAACAGCGGCCUGUUACAAGAAGCAAAGGUGAUCGACCUGCCUUGACUACUAUUCUUACUCCCCAGAUACACACAGGUGUAUUCAGGUGUAACUGCAGAUUCAGCUGAGGUUUUUCUUCUUUUUUUUAAAUUGUGUAUUUUCUCCCUUAAUUUAUACUCGUAUAACAUUGUCUUUAAACAAGAAAGACAUAAUAAUGAAAAAAGAGGAUAAUAAAGUUGUUAUUGUUGACACUGGA